AUGGACAAACAACACAACACAGCAGGCGAUUUGAAGCGCGCUCCCCCCGUGAAAGUCCUCUCCGGUCGGCUGAGAACAGCGACGGAGAUACAGGGAAGCUCCGGCGAGACGCGGACCGGCUGGCUCGUCAGGCUGGGCAGAGAUCGCUACCUGCCGGUCUCGCUCGUGUGGAUGCAGGGCACCGUGAUGGAAGUGCAGCUGGAGCUCAACACCGUUCUGCUCCAGGAUGAGACGGGCACGUUCACAGUCCAGGGCAUCAACAGCAUCCCUAAAGGGAAACCGUGUCUGUCCUCGGGUAAAUACGUGAUGGUAAUGGGUGUCGUCCAUGCCGUUUCUCCGGAGCCGGUGAUCAGUGCCGUGAAGUUGGCCGACCUCUCCGAACACGCCGCGCUGCACAGACAGAUGUGGAAGCUGGAGGUGGAAGACCUGCAGCAUGUGCUGGUCGCCAGGGGAUGUCUUGCCUCAGCUGGCCCGUGA